GCGCGACAGGAGGAAACGGUGCUGCUCGCGCACGCUUUGACUGAACUUCGGAAAGGAGAGGGAACUUUGGACGGACCUGGCGAUGUUUCUGGAUCAAAGAAGCCGCUGCUGAAGGAGAACAGCGUUUAAAAAAUACAAAGGAUUUAUUUUCCAAAUUAUCAGUAUUAAUAACUUCCACCUGAACUUAUGAGUGACAUCACAGUCCGACUUGCCAGAGGAAUCUGAGUGCGAACCGCUUUCGCCACCGUGUUUUGAGGAGGAGGAGAGGAGGUGGAGGUCGUCAAUGAACUCUUUGGUACUUCAAAAUAAGCUGUUGAGAUAUUUUCUUUGAGCCCAGCUCUAAAACAAGCAGCAGGAUGGCAGAGCACGAGAGCCUGGAGUUUGGGAAGGCGGACUUCGUGCUUCUGGACACCGUGUCGAUGGAAGAAUUUAUGGCUAACUUAAAACUCAGGUUUGAGAAGGGGAGGAUCUACUCCUACAUUGGAGAAGUGGUGGUGUCCGUUAACCCUUACCGUGCCAUGAACAUUUAUGGUCGGGACACUAUAGAACAGUACAAGGGCCGUGAGCUGUACGAGAGACCCCCCCACCUCUUUGCCAUCGCUGACGCCGCAUACAAAGCCAUGAAGAGGAGGAACAAAGACACUUGUAUUGUCAUCUCAGGAGAAAGUGGUGCAGGAAAGACCGAGGCCAGCAAGUACAUAAUGCAGUAUAUUGCUGCUAUUACCAAUCCUAAUCAGAGGGCUGAAGUCGAAAGAGUAAAAAACAUGCUGCUAAAAUCCAACUGUGUGUUGGAAGCCUUCGGAAAUGCCAAAACCAACCGCAACGACAACUCCAGCCGCUUCGGCAAAUACAUGGACAUCAACUUUGACUUUAAAGGAGAUCCCAUUGGGGGCCACAUCAACAACUAUCUGCUGGAGAAGUCCCGCGUAAUUUUUCAGCAGGAAGGGGAAAGAAGCUUUCACUCCUUCUACCAGCUGCUCAGUGGAGCUCCAGAUUCCCUCUUACACUCUCUUCACAUCAAAAAAGACCCAAAGGCCUACACCUACAUCAAAAUCGGAGGGCAGAUUAAGACCUCCAUCAACGAUAACGCAGACUUCAAAGCUGUAGCUGAUGCCAUGAAAGUGAUUGGUUUCACAGGAGAUGAGAUUCAGACGGUUUAUAAGAUCCUGGCCACCAUCCUGCAUCUGGGAAACCUGACGUUUGGAGUGGACGGUGAUGUGACCCUGAUAGAGAACACAAAGCAGGUGUCUGUGAUCAGGGACCUGCUUUCCACCAAAGAGGAGAACGUGGAAAAGGCUCUGCUUUACCGCACGGUGGCGACGGGUCGAGACGUCAUCGAAAAGCAGCAUACCACACAGGAGGCCAGUUACGGGAGAGACGCUCUUGCAAAGGCGAUGUAUGAGCGCUUGUUCUGCUGGAUCGUCGGGCGAAUCAACGACAUUAUUGAGGUGAAAAAUUACGACGCCAGAAUCCAUGGGAAGAAUACGGUCAUCGGCGUGUUGGACAUCUACGGUUUUGAAAUCUUCCAGAACAACAGCUUUGAGCAGUUUUGCAUCAACUACUGUAACGAGAAGCUGCAGCAGCUCUUCAUCCAGCUGGUGCUGAAGCAGGAACAGGAGGAGUAUCAGAGGGAAGGCAUCCCCUGGAAACAUAUUGAUUACUUCAACAAUCAGAUCAUUGUUGACUUGGUGGAGCAGCAGCAUAAAGGGAUCUUCUCUAUCCUGGAUGAAGCCUGUAUGAAUGUGGGCAAAGUCACUGACGAGGUUUUCCUCCAAGGACUCGACGUCAAGCUGGCCAAGCACGCUCACUUUUCCAGCCGCAAGCUCUCACCGACUGACAAGAGUUUGGAGUUUGACAGAGACUUUCGCAUCAGGCACUAUGCAGGCGAUGUGGCGUACUCCGUGGUGGGCUUUAUUGAUAAGAACAAAGACACGCUGUUCCAGGAUUUUAAGAGACUCUUGUACAACAGUUCCAACCCAGUCCUGAAGGGGAUGUGGCCUGAGGGUAAACUCCGCAUCACUGAGGUCACCAAACGGCCGCUGACAGCAGCAACACUUUUCAAAAACUCCAUGAUCUUACUGGUGGAGAACCUUGCCAGCAAGGAACCCUACUAUGUGCGUUGCAUCAAGCCCAAUGAUGUUAAGUCCCCUCUGCUGUUCGAGCACGAGCGCUGCCGCCAUCAGGUGGAGUACCUCGGGCUGCUGGAGAAUGUCAGAGUGCGUCGAGCCGGCUUCGCCUACAGGCAGACAUAUCCUCGCUUUCUACAGAGAUACAAGAUGAUCUCAGAGUUUACAUGGCCUAACCAUGACCUGCCAUCAGACAAAGAGGCUGUAAAGAAACUCCUACAGGGCUGCAGGUUUGAUCACGAUGUGGCGUACGGCAAAACAAAAGUCUUCAUUCGAACACCGCGUACGCUUUUCAGCUUGGAGGAGCAGCGAGCAGAGAUGGUCCAGAGAAUCAUCCUCUUCCUGCAAAAGGUUUGGAGGGGUGCACUUGCCAGAAGGCGUUACCGGCGAAUGCGCGCCGCCCUCAUUAUCCUGCAGGCCUACAGACGUUACAAGGUCAAGUCCUACAUCCGUGAGGUCAACCGUCGCUUCAAAAAUGUGCAAUCCAUGAAGGAUUAUGGCAGACACGUGAAGUGGCCGACGCCUCCCAAAGUCCUGCGAAAGUUUGAGGAGUCGCUGAAGAGCAUCCACAGCAGGUGGUGGGCAUGGACUCUGAUCAAAGGCCUCUCUCCGGAGGAGACUCUACAGGUUCGAGCCAAAGUAGCCUGCUUGGAGGCCCUGAAGAGCCAAAGGGCUGACUUGGGUCUACAGAGAGACUGGGAAGGAAACUACCUGAAGCGCGACAGCCCUGACACGGCAUCAUCCUUCACCCUCAUUUCCAGCAUGCUGCAGCGCAAAGACAAAUUCAUGAGAGUUUUAUUCUCCUGCAACGUGCGAAAGAUCAACCGUUUCCACAAGACGGAGAACCGAGCCGUGCUCAUCACUGAUCGGCACCUGUACAAGAUGGACCCCCUGAGGCAGUACAAACCCAUGAAGAGCAUCCCCCUCUACAAUGUGACAGGGAUGAGCAUUUCCUCGGGGAAGGAUCAGCUAGUUGUGUUCCACACUAAGGACAGCAGGGAUCUCGUGGUGUGCCUGCAGGGCAUGGUACCUGCCAACGAGAGCCGCAUCGGGGAGCUGGUUGGAACUCUACUCAGCCAUUUUAAGAGUGAGAAGAGGAAGCUGCAGGUGAACAUCGCGAGUCCGAUCCAGUGCAGCAUGAAUGGCAGGAAGUGCACGAUCAUCGUCGAGCCCAAGAUCAACCAAUCACAGCCCGACUUUACCAAGAGCAGAUCUGGUUACAUCCUGAAUGUUCCUGUAAACUAAGAGAAAGCAGCUGAUUUCAGACCCGGCUGGGUGAUGAAGAUGAUUCCUGAGCUUCUAUGGAUGAGCCAAAGCAGCUCUGCAGUUCGUGUGGUUUUGAUUCCCUGUUUUCCAAAUCUUUGCCAAAUGUCAGCUCUUCUGUAGAUGUCUAGGUGAUAAUUAAAGAAGUAUUUGAUCUUUCACAUUAGUUAGUUAAACCGAUUUAAAAACAUUUCACUAAAUCUUAUCUGCCACUUUAUCAUUUAGUUAGAGGUGAUUUCCUCUGUGCAAUAGUUCAUAGGCUGAUCAUUCUGAGUCCAUGUGAGGGCAGAUCAAACCCGAAGCCUGAGAAACUCAACAUCAUGUUUAUAUCAACAUCAGCUGCUCACAUCUGCUUUAAUGCAACAAACACACCUUUGUAUUUCUUUCUACAGAUUUGCUAUGCUCGUUCUGUUCAUUAAAAUAGAGGAUAAUGGAGGAUAAAACGGACCUGGAAUGUCCAGUUUUAGUUGGUGAAAUGUUAAAAGACCUCUGAGGGACAAAUGGGCUGUUUUAGUUUCAGUCACAAGGUGUUUAGUAGAAUAUGUUGAGCAUAUUCUGGACAAAAAGGUCUGAUAAAUAAAAACAAUAACAUGUUAAGUUCUAAUAAUUUAAAUAUUUUCUCUUUCUGCAUCAUAGCUUUAUAUCUAAUAAAACGUGUUAUUAUGUGCUGUUGUAUCUGAAAUAAGGUUAUAAAUAUUUAUAUGGAACUGUUAAACCACAUUUAGAGGUAAAGGUUUAGCUCAGCUCUGGAUCGGAGUUAAAACACACACAGCUGAGAGGCUUCCAUUUAAACUCCUGCAGCUCCGCAGGCUUGAUGAAGAUUUUCACUUUUCUGAAAGGGCAGAAGGCAACACAACACGAGUCACACGGUCAUCGAACACAACACUUCAGUGGGCUUUGUGUCGUUCCCACCAGCUGUCAGCUGUGCUGAAUGUUUGCACCUUUUUUAAGUGUUAGAUAGCAACAUCGUGUUCUGUUUCCAACUUUUAAAACAGCCGAUGUCAGCGCUGAAGCUCAGCAGAUGAGAUGUUGGGUUUUAGGAGGCGUGCUUGACGUGAAACCUUAGGUAAAAGCUAGUACACACCUUAGGUUUACAGACUGAACCUAGAUGGGUGCUAUUGCUUGUUUUGGAUGAAUUCAGCCCAAAUCUUUGAAUUUUCUUCUUUGUAGGAAAAAAUAACUCAACGUUAAAAAAAAGCUAGACAGUCGGGUUAGUAGAUGUUCUGGAGCUUUCUAUAAAAUGUCUGUUUUUCAUUCCAGCUGACAAACCACUUCUCUGAUUAACCGAACAAACAUAUGCUGACAUUUAUACAUUGAUCAAUUAUGUUGUAAAAACUCUUAAGAUGGUGGAUUUUAUCAGGGUUAGCUUGGAUGCUAUUAGCUUUGGCAACACGUUGAACAGCUUUAAGUGUUCGAGGAGGUUUCAUAUUCAAUCCUUCAACGUCAAGAAAUUCUGGGGUUUGUUGGAUCGAGUUUUGUUUGACAAAAGCCAGAAUAAUUAUGACGCAAAGUGUUUCCAUACCACCAAAUUAGGAAGGAUUGAUAUUGAUGCCGAUAUUUAUUAAUCCACAAAUACAUCAGACUUCUGAAAAUCGGAAAAGCAAGGGCCCCCCCCCCCCCCCAUGAUGUGCAAAAGUCUUGAUCCACUCAUUCCCUUAUGUUUCCUUCCCAGCAGCCAGACUCUCCUGCACUCUGAUUACAUCUGUAGUUGUCAGGGGUCACUGAUGUCUUUAGAGCUUCUUUAGUUUAGACUUUGGAUGAUUGUUCAGGGCUUUUUGUACCUGAAUAUUUUCAGAAGGAUGUUUUUGUAGAGCUCUGACCCAGUUGUAUUUAGAGCUUUGUUUAUUUUAGUACCUGCAGCUUCACAAAAACAAUUUGUUCUUAUUUCUUUAGUUAUUUUCUCAGAUUCCACUAAAAGCAACACAAUUUGACGCAGGCAAUAUCAGUUAGCACCAGGUAGUUUAUAGAUGUUAAAGGUGACUUUUCUGUUACCGGGAGUUGGUUGGUUGGUUUUUAGGUUUGAGACUUUUUUGUCCUCCACUUGUUCUUUUUCUAGCAGAAACUCUGAAACAUGCUGUCAGGGUCAGGUACAAGAACUAACAGAACAUAGGUGUCAAAGUCCAAGAAAGGCUCUGAAAGACCGUCUGGAGAACUGCUGGGCCAACUCCAGUCCACUCUAAAAGAUUAAAAGGUCUGGCUGCUUGGAGGCAAAAUCAAAAGAAGCUAAAGCCGAUGAGGAGGCUUCCUAACAUCAGAUUAUUCCACGACCACCUCUUUCCGUCUGUUUUCUGAGUAAAGUCUUUAGCUGAAUGAGUCUGAGAAGUUUUGGUCUUUUGAAGAAUCGGAUCUUUAUUGUCUCUCAUUGCUCGAUCAGAUGCCGUCAUGCAGAAAAGAGCUGUUUAGGGAAAUCGGUGCAUUCAUAGUGAGGAAGUGACACUCUGUGUGUGUGUGUGUGUGUAUGGGCGGUCAACUCCCACAGGGCUUUCCCUCUCUACUCAUCAUUAAGAUAAAUCUUGUGUCAUUUCCCAUUCCAGCUCUUCUCUCCCUACUUUCUUCAGGCAAAAUGGGGGGUGGGGGGUGGGGGGGGGGGGGGUGAACAAAGCCUCAUUCGACCUUCUCGCCUCCUCUGCUCCUCCUCCCUCCUUUCCUUGUUUCCUCUUCUGUCAAAUUGACUUCCAGCCCAGCUGUGCUCACUGUGUCGUCCUGCAGGUCAGCUGAGAGGUGGUUUUUGUUGUGUUUAUUUCUCUGCCUGCAAGAUGUUUUAAAGAGAAAUAAAUCUGCAUGAAGAUGAGGAAGAAUACAUCCCAACCUCUUUGGGGAAGGCACGUAUAAAUACAAUAGAUAUCUAAACUCCCAGCAGAACUCUGAGCUUCUGUUGUUUCAUGUUUUAUCCCAAAUGAAACAGAUUUAAAUAUCUACUUUCGCAGAUACAAACGAAGACUUCCUCAUGCUGCUUUUUUACUUGAACCAAAAAUGUUAAAUCUUUAGCAAAACAUUCACAAACCAAAGAAUUUAAUUAAAUAGCUGGAGUUGAAAAAUGUAAUCAGAAGUAAAUUUUCAGCAGUGUAUCAAUACAGAAUUAGUGCAACGUUGAGUGUUUUCUCAUUUAUCUGGGCUAUUUUAAACAGCUGUGAGGCUUAGAAAGUGUAACAUAACAGUUCGCCUCACUUAGAGCAAGUUAUAAAGCAUCACUAGAUUUAUUCCUUGUUUUAUAAUUUAUGCAAAACAAGCAUUAUUUUUUUGUUGUGAUGCUUCAUAGUGGUAAAAGAAGUCUGUUGUAUUUUCUAAACUGGUGUAAAUCUGGAUGUUAGUGCCAUUGUGUCGUUCACUUUAAUGCCCUUUAUUCCAGUGUUUUGUCUCAGAUCCGCCCAUGUCAGCCAAAUGGUAACAAAUUGAUGUUUGCUGUUAAUGUUUCUGCACUAAGUGACUUUAUAUUAAAUCUGGAUGUGCCUAAUUUUAUAUCAAGUUUUUGUUUUGCAAUGAUUCACCAUCACUAAGGAAAGGCUGUAUUAUCAUGUUGUUGCAUAUAGUUUUUUUUGUUUGUAUGAGUUCUUUCUAUCCUCCAUAAUGUCAAAUAUUUCACUAAUCAGUUCAUUAAUAAAUGUAUUUGCUCCUGUU